AUGGAUGCUCAAACAGGUUAUUUGGAGAACGUUGAUGGUUCUUGUUUAUACUCAUUGAACUCUACCAAAGUGAUAUCUGCAGUAACAGGUCCUGUGGAACCAAAGGCUCGUCAAGAACUACCUACACAAUUAGCAUUAGAGAUAAAUAUUAGACCUGCUAGCGGUGUUCCGACAACUAGAGAGGUAAACAUACAGGAUAAAGUGCGUGCUAUCAUCACACCUAUAUUGGCGUCAUACAAAUAUCCAAGACAAUUAUGUCAAAUUACGCUACAGUUAUUACAAUCAGGUGAAACUGAGCCAUAUUUUCAUGCAUUAGAAUUAAUAGCAUGUGUCAACUCUACUACAUAUGCUUUAGUUGAUUCUGGUAUUGCAUUAAAAGGAAUAGCCCUUGGAACAACAGUUGUGAUUUCUAAAGAUAAUCAGCUGAUAACAGAACCUACUGAUGAAAUCUUAAAGAAUUCAAAAUCCAUGCAUGUUGUCGCAUAUAUGAUUGAGAACAAUAAACCUUCCAAUUUGUUGUUGAUGGAUAGUUAUGGUGAUUUCGAUGAAAAUGAUAUCCUAAAAAUUUUAGAGCAAUCUGAAAUAAAAGUAAAUCAAUUGAACAAAACCUUUAGAGAGUAUAUGAAGGAAAAAAUUAAUAAUAUUUAA